CCCAGCAGUGCCACCCACUAGUGCCCAGCAGUGCCACCCACCUGUGCCACCCAUCAGUGCCCAGCAGUGCCUCCCAUCAGUGCCCCCAGCAUGCCACCCACCAGUGCCCAGCAGUACUUCCCAUCAGUGCCCAUCAGUGUCACCUAUCAGUGCCCAUCAAGCUGUCAGUCAGUGCCGCCAGUCAGCGCCGCCCAUCAGUGCCACCAAUCAGUGCCCAUCAGUGCCACCUAUCAAUGCAGCAUCAUCAGUGACUCCUCAUCAAUGACCACCAGUGCCGCCUCACCAGUGGCACCUCAUCAGUCCUGCCUAUCCAUGCCACCUCAUCAGUGCCCAUCAGUGCUGCCUAUCAGUGCCCAUUAGUGCUAGCUAUGACGGCAGCCUCAUCAUCGCACAUUAGUG